AAAAAAAACAACUCCUCAUGCAUCAGACUACCCUCUCCCCCUUCUUUCACGUCAAGGAAAUUCAAAAACCCUUUUCCAUUUCCCUCUCCAUCCUCCUUCAGGAAAAGGGUUUUUCCUCGUAUUUUCCUUACAUUCUCCUUUCCAAAAGCCAGGUUAUGGAUUUUAGAAGGAAACACAUCAUCACCCACGCCCAUGAAAAUUAGUUAGGUAUCAUUUCAGUUAGAAUAUGGUUAGAGAGCAAAGUGGAAUUCAAUUAUCGCGGUCUUUCAAUUUCAAGAGGAUCUUUGAGAUUCCAGGAAGACAAGCGCAGGGUUUGAAUUCCGAAGAAACAAACUGUGGGAUUGGAAAUUCCAUUGAGGAGAAGCAAUAUAAGAGCGAAGGUGCUACACCUGCGGCAAUAGAGCCAAUAGGAUCCGUGUUUGAUCGGUCUAGCGAAAAGGGUCCUAUUUCGCGGUUGAGCAAGGAGGGAGGAGGAGGAGGAACGACUCCACAAAGCAUGGACCGGCAGACUUCAGAUGUCGAAUUGAUGAAAGAAAGGUUUGUUAAGCUUCUUCUAGGAGAGGAUAUGUCAGGUGGUGGGAAGGGUGUUUCAUCAGCUCUGGCUUUGUCUAAUGCUAUUACAAAUCUUGCUGCUUCUGUUUUCGGAGAACAACGGAAGUUGGAACCCAUGUCCGAAGACAGGAAAGCAAAGUGGAAAAAGGAAAUAGAUUUGCUUUUAUCCGUGACUGAUUACAUAGUUGAGUUUGUCCCUUCUCAACAGAAAGCGAAGGACGGAACAAACAUGGAGAUAAUGGUGACGCAACAAAGAAAAGAUCUGCUCAUGAAUAUCCCGGCCCUGCGCAAGCUUGACGCAAUGCUCAUUGAUUGCCUAAAUAACUUCAGAGACCAGAGCGAAUUCUGGUAUGUCUCAAAAGAUGCUGAUGAAUCGGAGCAAGGGAUCCAGAGAGAUGACAAAUGGUGGCUACCUACCGUCAAAGUACCGCCAGAAGGGCUAUCAGAUGCAUCAAGAAAGUGGAUGCAAUUUCAAAAGGACUCUGUGAACCAAGUACUCAAAGCAUCAAUGGCCAUAAAUGCUCAAACACUAUCGGAAAUGGAUAUCCCUGAAAACUACAUUGAAUCCCUCCCAAAGAACGGUAGAUCAAGCCUUGGUGAAUCAAUAUACAAGAGCAUUACAGUUGAGUUCUUUGACCCGGAGGAUUUCCUGUCAAACAUGGACAUGUCAACAGAGCACAAAGUUCUUGACCUAAAGAACAGGAUUGAGGCUUCCAUUGUGAUUUGGAAGAGGAAAAUGCACCACAAGGAUUCAAAGUCUUCUUGGGGUUCAGCUAUAAGUUCGGAGAAGAGAGAGCUAUUUGAAGAGAGAGCGGAGACAAUCUUGCUCCUACUCAAGCAUCGGUUCCCUGGACUUCCUCAAUCCUCACUUGAUAUAAGCAAAAUACAAUAUAACAAGGAUGUUGGAUAUGCUAUUUUAGAGAGCUACUCAAGGGUACUAGAAAGCUUGGCCUACACGGUCAUGUCUCGCAUAGAAGAUGUCUUAUAUGCAGAUUCUCUCACUCAAGAUCCAUCACUCGCAGUAUGCGAACGAAAGCUUUCAACUGAACCCACACUGAAGGAAGGGCCGCGUAGCUCCUCAUGCCAUUCCACAGAAUGUAUCGAAACACCAAGUACUGCAGAGACGCCAAAUUCAAAAACACUCUCCGAUUUCAUGGGAUGGAGUUUGGAUCAAGGCGAGUCAACCGAUAUGAAGAAAAAUAACUCAACAGGAAACUUGGAAUGCUACUUCAAGGAUGAUAACGAGAAGUUGAGCAAAAGUAAUGAAGUCUGCACCAACAAGAAAUUUUCUUACAUGGAAAAGCUUGAGACCUUGGGUGGGCUAAGAAGUACGGCCCGGUUCUGAUAGUGCUAACUGUAUAAGAAAAAGGAGGAAAUGAGAAACACAAAGUCGAGAGCUAAAGAGGGAAAGAUGAGCAAUGACAAAAGGCAGACCUUUAGCUUUAAUGACUAAAAUGUAAAUAUCCAGACCCACUAAGGAGUC